GGGGUCGAGGCAAAUGGCAAGAUGGCGGACGGAAGGUCUCUGAAAAAGUUCCUGACAAAGCAUCGUCAUUUUGAACUUUACAAAGAUGACCAGAACAGAGAAAAGGUCAAAUGUAAGUUAACUGGACAUGAGUUACCUGCAAGACUCUCUGACCUUGAAAACUACAUAAAGGGAAAAAAGUAUCAACGAUUGACGAAGGAAGUUCCAGAUAAAUCCCCUGGCUAUGAAGAAUACAAGGAAUUCUUAGUACCAAGUGAAAAGAAUAGGAAUCAGCUUUACUGCCAGUUGACCAAGAAAUACAUUAACAAUGCUCCUCAUCACAUUCAAAGACAUGUCAUGGGAAAGCACUUCGGCAGAGCUCUGGAGAAACAUCAUGAGAAACUAAACAUGGAAGCUGAGGAAGCUGAUGAAGACAUGUGGGUGCCCUCAGAUCUGGAAUCAGAAUCGGAACUUGAGGAGGAAGAAGAGAGCGAGAAAAAAGAGGAAGAUGAAGAUGAUUCUGGAGGAGAAUUCUCAUCAGAAGGUACAAAAGAUCAUGAGAAACUAAACAUGGAAGCUGAGGAAGCUGAUGAAGACAUGUGGGUGCCCUCAGAUCUGGAAUCAGAAUCGGAACUUGAGGAGGAAGAAGAGAGCGAGAAAAAAGAGGAAGAUGAAGAUGAUUCUGGAGGAGAAUUCUCAUCAGAAGAUGAAGAGGAUCCAUAUGAAAGAAAAGAAGAUGGCUUAAAAAGGACGCUCAAGAAAACAAACGAGACUAAAGCGACGAAAAAAGUAAAAGCAAGUGCUGGUCCAAAAUUAAUAAAGCAAAAGGACAUCAAACAGCCCAAGGAAACCAAAGCAAAGAAAUCCAGCAAGACAUAGCCUGAUAAUGGCUACUGCUCGGCCUCUGUUCAAAGUCUGCCUCCUUUUGAAGAGAGACCGAGUUGUGCAUCAUUCAUUUCACACUACAUCCGGGAGAUUACAGAGAUUACUUCAACUCUUUCAAGGCUUUUCAUAGGGCUAGAAAUGGAUUGACAGGAUUGUGUCACGCAAACGUCUGCCAUGUGGAAGAGGGAUACAAAUUUUGAAGAGACGAUGUGUUGCAAAUAAAAAGUAGGAAAUUCGCCCGUGGUAAACGACUACCACAGCAUACAGAGUCGGUAAUCUAGGAGAAUGAUUAUCCCAUCCACAAGCCUCUUCCAACUAUCAUUUUUUUAAAAAUAUAUUUAAGGUUAAACGUUGUCACGCAUUACUACAGAUCGAGACAGCAUCCACUUUUUUUUCUCCGUGGGUCCGCUGAAGAACAAUUCACGAAACAUCUGAAUGUUGCCACGAGCCAUCAGGACGCGAAAACGCGAUAAAUUGUACGAGUGCCCUGUUUUCCGUCAGUAACCUGAUUCUCCGGUCCAGGUCGCUCGCGGAGAGAGAGUACGUGGCUGCGAGCGACCUGGACCGUCUGAGAAUCAGGCUACGUGUUCACAAAAUUUUCCUAGACCACUGGGAAUCUUUCUCUUAGAUCAUUCCCUCGUGAUAACAUGUGUUUUUUCAUGCAAAAACAUCGACUGAGAAACGUGGAAAAGUUCCUCGUACAUGAGAAAUGUGCGAAGAAAAGAGGCUCUUGCAUGAAACAAACACUGGAUGAAGAAGAUUUGAGAAUUUAGGAUGAGGAAGUUGACUGAGAAAAUAAACGAUGAAUCAAAUCUUAA